GAUCAAGGCUGCCUAAUUGCUGACAUGUUGGAACUUGCCAAGUGGGUUUUUCUGAUUCUAUUUGUUACUGAGUUCAUUCUGGGAAUGCUGGGGAAUGGUUUCAUUGUAUUGAUCAAUGGCAGCACCUGGCUCAAGAGCAAGAGAAUCUCUUUGUCUGAUUUCAUCAUCACCAACCUGGCCCUCUCCAGGGUGGUACUGCUGGGGAUUAUCUUAACUGAUAGUACUCUUUUGGUGUUUUUUUUCAAAUGGCAUGAAUCAGGGAUAGUAAUGCAAGUUACGGAUCUUUUCUGGACAUUUACAAACCAUCUGAACCUUUGGCUUGCCACCUGUCUCAGUGUCUUCUACUGUCUGAAAAUUGCCAGUUUCUCCCACCCAAUGUUCCUUUGGUUAAAAUGGAGAGUUUCCAGGGUGGUUGUGUGGAUGCUAUUGGGUGCACUACUUUCAUCUUGUGGCAGUACCAUGUCUCUGAUACAUGAAUUUAAAAUCUAUUCUGGCUUCAGAGGAAUCUGUGACACAGGGAAUGUAAGUGAACACUUCAGAAAGAGGAUAAGUGAAUAUGAUCUCAUUCAUGUUCUUGGGACUCUGUGGAACCUCCCUGCCUUAAUCAUUUCCCUGGCCUCCUACCUUCUUCUCAUCUUCUCCUUGGGGAAGCACACACAGCAGAUGCAGCACAAUGGUACCAGCUCCAGAGAUCCUAGAACUGAAGCACACAAAAGGGCCAUCAAAAUCAUUCUUUCCUUCCUUUUACUUGUCUUACUUUAUUUCCUCGCCUUUUUAAUUGCAUUUUCCAGUCAUUUCCUACCAGACUCUAGGAUGGUUGAUAUGAUUGGAGAGGUAUUUAUAAUGUUUUAUCCUACUGGUCACACAUUUAUUCUCAUUCUGGGUAACAACAAGCUGAAGCAGACAUUUGUGGAGAUGCUCCAGUGUGAGUAUGGUCAUCUAAAACCAGGAUCCAAGGAACCCAUCUCCCCAUAG